AUGUGGUUUGCCAUUCAACUGGCCUUCACGGCAUGGAACAUUCACGAAUUCAUUAGAGAGAAACAUCCAUCAGUUCUAUUCGAAAAGUUAGGGACCAGCUGCCGUACAGCGUUGGUCGAAGCGGAUCCAGACACAGUCUUUGGUCUUUGCGAAACGUGGCUCGACCCGUCUGUCCACGACGGUCAGCUCAUCGAUACCGCCAGGCACGUCGUCUAUAGGAGAGACCGUGCGUCUUAUGGGGGUGGUGUAUUGAUCAUGGUGCCCCAUCGACUGCCCUGCCGUCGGAGGCGCGACCUGGAGUCAGAGGACCUUGAGGCAGUCUUUGUCGAAGUUACACAUCGGAAGGGCAAGAUGUUGCUCUGCUGCGUGUACUGUCCACCAAGUACGCGAGCUGCCUCCUACGAUCUCUUGGGGCAAUCUCUGGCACAUGUUGACGUUUCGGCCUACUCCUGUGUCUGCGUCUUUGGAGAUUUUAACGCUCACAUAGACUGGUCUGACCUCUCUGCACCUGUCACGCUGAGCCCGCACGACGAUGCUCUCCUUGAUGUUAUGGAAACGUCUGGUUUUGUUCAGGUGUGCGGUGAACCCUCAUACAAGUCGAUCACAGGCAAAGCGUCCUUCUUAGAUCUCGUGUUUGUGAGCAACCUUCCCCUCAUAACUGACUGUUCCAUCCAACCGAGCCUGGCUGGGUCCGACCAUAACGCAAUCCGCUUUUCGAGCCUCCUGACGCUGCCGAAGUCUGGCCAUUAUUCUAAAAUGGUACGGAACUUCUCCAGGAUGGACCUACCGCACCUGAACAGCCUCCUACAUCUCGCACCCUGGAGUCUGGUCCUCGACACUCCAUCUGUAGAUGAAGCUUACGACAUGUGGCUGGACAUCAUGAGCGCCAUUGAGGCAGAUUGUGUGCCUUCCAAGCAUCUGUCCGGCCGUCGGAGGACCCCUUGA